GCUUGGCUCCAAGCGCAGCUUGCGCUGCACAAAACAAGACCAAGCGGGUCGAUGUUGGGGUGUCCUGUCCUCAUGGAUGUCACAGCCUCGCCGUCCAACAUGCGAGUGUCCCUUAUGGUGUCCCAGCUGCUCCUGAAGACGACCCGUUCUGCAGCCCGUUGUUCCCUGUGCUUCUCCCUCUCUACCAGAUCAGGAUUAAGCUUUACACCUUGCUGGCUUCGCUUGUUCCCUGUGGAGGUGGCAGAUCUCACCGCUGGCUGUGGCUCCGUUGAUUCCCUGCCUGCCUCCCCUCUGCCGUGGGAGAUUCCCUGCAUUAUCCUCCUCCAAAUCCCUGUGACGUCCGCAGAGCACUUGACUGGGAUUAGUGUGUCAUGUGGAGGCUCUUACCCCGCUGCUGACCUGUGCUUCCCCUGCUGCCGCUCCUUUGGCUUCUGACUUUUCCCUGCCUGUGCCGCUGGCGGCCGCUCCGGGGCCGAUAUUCCCGGAGGCAGACAGCUGUGCAGUGCCCUGAGCGUGAUCCCAGCGUUUUCCCUCAGGCCAUUGUACACUUGGCCCCGGUGAUGCGUGUUUCCUUCUUGCCGCCCUGCUUGAGUUUCCUGCUUCCUCCUCCCUUGGCAGCGAGUGCCCCUGGAUCAACACCAGUUUGCUGGGACAGCAAGUUGCAGACCGUUGUUCAAACAAGGGAGCGGCAAGGAGCGCUCUUGUCUUGCCACAGCCUUUGGCAUUGACAAGGCGCAGCUGAAGGAGCCUCCAGCUCUCCUGUCAGGUCUCCAGGAGGAUGCAGCAGCUUUGGCAGGGACUCAGAAUCAAUUUGUGAGCAGAAUCUAUUAGGAAGCUGGAAAACUGAAUGUGAUGCCAGGAUAGAUUUGAGGUGUUCAGGCUUGUUAGCGUUGAGAUGGCUCCGUCGUGGUGUUCUCAGUGAGGGCUCAGUCCUCAGGGCUGUUUUACCAAAGGAGAAUGAGAUCUGGUUACCCAAAGCUGGGGUGUGUCAAGCUCAAAGUGGAAACAAGCUGCAGAGUUUACUGACUUAACCACUGGAACCCUUCAUCCUGGGCUGGGUUGGAUGGGAUUGCCUGAAAUCCUGCUUUAGGUUUGAGGAUGUUUCAGCGAGAGAUGAUUUGGUUUUCCUGCAGAGAGAAAUCAGUGAUAGGAUUUUCUUGAUGAUGCUUCUAACGCGGGUGAUGCCCAGAAUCUGACCUGAUGUUUGUGUCAAGAGUUGUUUUCCCAGUAAUUUGGACCUUUCCAAAGCGCCCGCUUGCCUAAUGCCAUGAAUAUUGCAGUGAACAAUGCGGAAGAAAAAGCUGUCCAUUCCUGGUCAAGAAUUUCCUCUGCAGGACAGAAAGUGCUGGAGGAAGCCCUCCGAGUCUUCAACCCCAUGUCCAAGGACCUUUCGGACACAGAGACCCAGCUGGUGGCCUUCAUUCAGAGCCUGAAGGAGGAGGGCUACCAGCCCACCAUUCUGAGGAGUAAGGAUGUGUACGGGUACAGCUCGUGCACGGCAGACACACCGGCUCAGACAAAGGAGAGCAGCCCACAGCACUGUGCCAACACCACCAAGAGUCCAGCCAGGAACACCACAGCCAUGGCAAAGGUGUCUGCUGAGCCCACCAGCGUUCCAGUGCACUCCCUGAAAGUCUCCACUCAACCUGUCCCGAAAGGGGAUUCCACAAAUCUCCUCUUGAGCUCCUUGAAGCAGACAAAAUCCAGCACGUCCAAGGCUGCAGCGGUGGGCUUCCCUACAAACAUGUAUCCCGAUGUGUAUCCAGCCAUGAGACUGUCGGUGGUUCUGGAAGCUCUGGUGCCGCUGAAAGCCACCGCGUCCUGUUUGGAGUCCAAGUACACACGAGGGCGCCUUGGGAUCUCGCCUUCGGAUCUUAAACUCCUCAAGGCUUCGAGUCCCCCGAGGAAGUUUCCUUCAGGCAAAGCAACUAAACUAACCGAGGGUAAGGGCUACAAGCGUUUGAUAAAGAAAGCACCGGAUUCUGCCACCCUGGCUUUAAAUCUCCUGAAGGGACCAAAGGGUGGAGUGCUGCAGGAGAGCAACGCUUGCAAAGCCUCAGGAGUCCUCAACGGGAGAGUCACAGGCAGCUCAUCCCAGGGCUGCACCACAGCCCCGCAGGCCAAGACCUUGAAAAUCAAAGAUAAGGAAGCUCUGGUGGGGAAAACAGAGUGGAAGGACAACAGCACUUACCGGGAGAGCACCGGGCAGAAGAAAAGAAGAGCCACAGAGGCGAGGGAAGCGCCGCAGAGGAAGAAAGCAAAUACCAUUCCUGCCCGAAACAAACCUCGACGGGCUCAGAGCACUUUGAACCUGCUGAAAUUCCGGGCCAUCAAGGUGGGCAACUCUUCCUCUGACGAGGAAGUGAGGAGGAGAGCACAGAAGAUUCUUAGGGUCAACCUGUCCCCGGUGAUCCGAAUUCAGCCCUUAUCCCACGCUCACAGCGUCCCCUGAGGGUCUUCACUUUGUCGCUUUCUCCUUUUGUAAGUAAGUAAAUACGAGCCCAGCACCAGAGCAUGGAGAGGUUGGAGACUGGAGCUCUGGUGCCUGGGGGUGACCUGUUGACUGACCUGCAGACAGAGCAGCCUGCUCCCGUGCUGUUCCUGCCUCGCCUGCUCUGCAGAGCCGGCUGCAGCAGCACAAGGACCCGCUGGGGACGGUGACACGAGCCGGGCAGGUCGCAGGGCUCACUUCCCACCUCGGGACAUGGCAGGCUGAGCUCUCGUGCAGGGGGAGGACACGGGACUUUCUCACGACAUUGAUGCACUGUGAUAUUGCUCUUUUUUCAAGCUGUACAUGUACUGGGUUUAUUUUGAUCAAAUUUUAUAACUUUAUUAUCUAUAUAUCUAUAUAUCCAUAUAGGUGCACAUGGCCCAGGAGCUGUGGGAAGAUGCACUCCCUCCAUCCCUCUGGGAUUGGGUUUGAUAGCUUUUGUUCCCCUUCAGCCAGUGUUUUGUUGGAAGGUGCCAGGAUUUCUCUGUGAUCCAUUGUUGUGACAGCUUGUUCUGGGCUCUGCCGAGCAGCUCAGAGGCAGGCAGAGCUGUAACCACUCGAUUGUCUCCAGAAAUGCCAAGCAAUUUGGAGAAUUACCAGCUCAUCAUUGACUAUAGUUUUAAUCACGGUUUUGAUAUUACCUCUGCGUAGAGGGGGAGUGUUAUGGGGCUGUUGCCUGCAAGUCUCUCGGUGCCUCUUGUGUUUGUUGGUAGCAGAAGCUCUGAACUCAUGGUAGGGGUUUGCCUCCAAAGAGCGAUUCCUCCUCAGCACCCGGUGUUGUUCCUCUCUCCUGCACCCUGGGUGCAGCCAUAGAACAUGAACUGUGACUGUCAGAGCCAAAGGGCUGGAGUUGUGAGCAAGGAGCUGUGUAGUGUCCUGCUCACCUUGCGACUGCGUUGCUGUUGCUGGAUGUUUCAGGAGCAGGUUGUAGGUAGAGAAGAGACAGGCUGCGUUUGAAUGUAUUAGACACAUCCUGCUGUUCGCAGAGCUCGGUGGGAUACUUGAGCCUGAAUCAAAGCAGAAAAGCAAAAGAUUUGACAGAAUUGAUGCCAGCACUUAACCAGAUUGUUUCUCUCUGCGGUUGAAGCAGUAGGAGGGGAGAUCAGCACCGUGUUGUGAUGGGUGACAGCUUUGCUGUGCCAUCUGGGAUGUCAUGAGAAGGUGUGUGGCAGGUGUGAAAGCUCCCGGAGCGCGGGCUCUGCGCAUCCCCAGGAGGCAGCGUGGAACCUCCUGCGCCGGGGGCAUGGCCGUGGGAUGCUGUCGGAUGCUGUGGGAUGCUCUCGGAUGCUGUGGGAUGCUGUUGGAUGCUGUAGGAUGUGAACACGGGCUCUGCGCUGGCGGAGGUCGGGUCUGCUCUCCACUGGGAGGGAUCUGUGAGCUCCAGGAGGAGCAUCACGUUGGAGCAGUAGGUGCUGUCACUGUCACCUGGGAGGGAUGGUCUCCGAUGAGAUGAUCUUGCGUUGGGAGGCUGCAAAAGCAGAACCUGGUGGCGUGGGGAGAGGAAGCAGCAUCAGGCCAGGCUCUGUGCACCCUGGUCUCUGCAGCACUGGGCCAGUGACCCACUUGUGCUCUCACCAGCUCCAAACACCAGUUAUCUGAUCUAGUAAUCUCUGUGGACGCUGGCUGAAGGGAUGAGCUCCCCUGGGAAGCCUCAGCUCCUCACGUUCCAGCCUCUCCCCAGCACCUGGUUGCAUUUCAGUGCUUUGUAAAAGGGGUCAGUGUCUGAUGCCCAGCUCAGAGAGGAAAACCGUGGCACGGAGAGGAGAGAGGAGGUUGAUGAGUGUCCCGAGGCACAGCCAGGGUUCUCCCUCCUCACCCAGCUACAGCAGGGGGAAGGUUCUCCCUUGGGGUCUGGUUGCAGGCUCUGAAUCACACACUCGGGCUCCGUGUGGCGUUAGGGUGUUGCUGUCAGCGAUCAUCACUUGCAGUGGUUGGGACUGACCUGUGAAUGCCGCUGGUUGGCUGCAGACGAGGAGGAAAUAUUUACUUCUGUGGUUUUAAACACCCUGGCAGAGAGUUCCCUGUCCUGACGUGCUGCUGGAUGAACAGGGACCUUCUGUCACUGUUAACCAGCCAAAAAUUGCUUUGUCCCUUUUGCUCCUGCUCCUUCAGACCUUUCUCAUUCCCGCGCUCCCAAAUACCAGGUCUGGAAGUCUUGCACUGGAGUUUCUCCUUAGGGCUGUUCCGAGGAGGGCUCUGAGCUCCUGCCUGUGGUAUCGCUGUCUCACAGCCUGCUCAGCAGCUUCCCUCUUCCCAGCCCCUUAUAAGGACACCAAGAGCUGCCUCUGGAGCCUCUUCCUGCAGCACAGACACCCCAGCCCGGCCUCUGGUGGGAAAACAACCGUGCAUCAACACGGCUGGUUCGGGUUGAGCUUUUCCUCCAGGCUGAGCAGGAAGCUGAGCACCUGAGGCCAUAUCCCUCCUCUUGGUGGUGUCUCUUCCCCCAGCUGCACUGCUGCCUGCCUGCCCGCUCUCCUCCAUCACCUCUUGUCUUUCACAGCUUGGGCUUUUGCCAGUCAGGGACUUGGCUUGUGCUGUCGCUUAACACAUCCAGCAGAACAUCCUGCCUUAGUGCUGCCGUGCCUUUCCCAGCACUGAGCUCAGCUCUGCAAAUGCCUGGCAGUGAUGUCCUUCCCAGGCCACCAGCAAGAGGUCUUCUGCUCCACAGGGAGAGAUGAGCGUUGGAAAUGCUUCUAUGUCACUGAGGCUGCUGCAAGGGAAGCGAGCACCCCAUUCCAUGCUCCAGGACUUGCCCGUCACCAGUGCAGCCUCUGUCAGCCCUUCUGCACAUCUCUUAACAGGCUGCAGGGCCCCUGAGCUACUGGGCAGUGCUGGAGCUCGAUUCUCUGCCCUCCUGAUGCCUCCUCUUCCCCCUUGCAGGUCAUUUGGGAACUUGGCUGGAAGGAUUCCAGUCUAGAUCCUUCUAGUGGAAGGUGUCCCAUGGCAGGCUGUCGGAACCAGAUGAUCUUUAAGGUUCCUUCCAACCCAAACCAGUCUGGGAUUCUAUGAUUGCAGCUUGUUACUCACAGAGGGGCUUUACAGCCCUUGGUGCCAAUGUCAUCAACUGCUGCCUGUCGUCCCGUGCGGGCAGAUGUGUGCCUGCAGCCUGCCAGUGGUUGGCUCCGGGGUCCUUCAUCUCGUGGCCGGGUCUGGGUGCUCCUAAAGUCCUGGACCUUCAACACUGAUGUGCAAGAGGCUGCCUAAAACCUGGUCUAACCAGAGCUCUCCCUUCCACCCCGUGUUGCCCUCUGACAGCAGACUUGCCUUCCAGGGGCCUGCACAGCGGGGCAGGGCACACAGAACCGCGUUGCCUGGGGUGCUGUGGUCUCUGCUGCAUGCAGGUUGUUCAGACCUGUUUCUGUAUUAGUCACUUUGAAUUCAUCCAAGUGCCUAACCUGGCCUGUGCUGUUCCUGGGCACCGUGACAGCCGAGAGAGCUUUGGAGGCUCUCUUAGGAAUGCUUUUACCGCAUGGAUUUGUGCCACCGUCACUUCUAGAAGCGCUUCAGCCAGCGGUCAAAGGGCUGCUCUUCCAACUGAUGGUUUUGGGAACCGCUUUUCCUUUUAUUCAGCUGCCAAGAACCAAGAGUUUGUGCUUCGCCUCGAGCAGACAAGGUCCCUGAGCUUCCUGCGUGCCUCAGCUGUCCGUGGGGAGAGCCGCUCGCCCGGCAGGCGCUGGAGGGGAAGCUGACAUCAGAUACCACUGAAAUCACAUUGUUAAUUGGUGGAAAUGUUUUGUAGCUCAUGUCCACUCUGCUCACAUUUCACCAUCUGCCACCGCUUUGACUUGGAGAAGUUUCUCCUUGGCCUCUUCCCUGCGAGCCAGCCAGCGUGGUGCUGCUGCUGCUUCCAGACUGGGUGGUUCCCCCCGCCAGAGCCAGCUUGUACAGGAUUUCUUAAGCACUUUUCUGCAAAAUAAGAAGGGAUUAUUUUGUUAUUCCUGGUUUGUAGCCCAAUAGUGGUGUUUCGGUGCGAGGAGGAGGAGGAGAUGUGCUCCUCUCAUACACCAGCAGCUCUUCUCCACCAGCUUCACUGGUGGAAGACCCCCAGCUCCCGUUGUGGCUGGAGGGCUUUGGAUUUUGGGCUUGUGGACAGAAUUUGGGCCCUUUCCGUUGUGACUUGUGCUGUGCUUAUGGGCAGACCUUGCCAGCAUGGUGGAGGUGCAGCCACUCCAGUUGUUCUCCCCCCUUGGGCCCAAGUUCCCUGCACUGUGUGGGAGUUGGUCCUUUGGCCAUAGCACAAGGGAUGUGUGGGGAUGCAGAGCAGGAUUGUGUCUGAGCUUCCCAGGAGCUGAGGAUGGGAGGAUCCUUGUUUUAACCGUGGUUGGCAGGGUCGGUGCUGAGCUGUGUGCAGCACUUGCUGCUCAAGCAGGUUGGUUUGUGUGGAAUCAACAGUUUCUGUUUCCCUCUUCAAAGCGGCGCUGUCCUGUUUGCUCCCGUGGUCAGAUGGGGACAGUCAUCCAUGGGCCGAGGUGGCCUGAGGAGACGACAGCUCUUCUGGAGCACCUCACACCUUCCUGACUGUGCUGCAGCGCUUUGGGUGCUGGGUGGGCUGGCACCACCCCUGGAGAGGGCAGCAGGGCAGGCUGCUCCCAGGCCCUGGUGUUCAGGGCUCUCAGAGAGAGAGCAAGGUUUAGAGCAAGAGCGUGGUUUAGGGCAAGGUGUCCCUGCCCAUGGCAGGGGGGUUGGAACUAGAUGAUCUUAAGGUCCUUUCCAACCCUUACGAUUCUAUGAUUCUAUUCUAUGAAGAUCAUGUUUCCCUCUUCUCGCAGCCCGUUCCUGCUGUUGGGAAGGUGCCAGGGGCCUCGCUGCCUGGCGGAGCAGGGACCUGCCCCCAGAAGCCGGGACAGCCAUCGCUAGGGCAGGGUGCUGAGUGAAGGGGUGACGAGUGGGGUGCUGAGUGAAGGGGUGUCUGGACGUGUGACACUCGCAGCUUGGCCAGCUGCUGCCUCCAAAGCCGUGGUGCUGAGGCCAGGCCCCUCGCUUUGCUUAGGAACACCAAGGAGAAGCUGGGAUUAGGGGAAACCAAAGGCACCAGCAGCUUCUGCUCCCGCUGCAGAUGUGCGAACAGGGGCCAGCUCUGUGGUGUACCACAGCACUGCCUCCAUUCUACCUGCUGCAGGAGCCUGUCCUGCCCUGCCUGGCAGCACUGCACAGGCUCUGGGGGUGCCCUUUUGGGGCAGGAGCCCCCUCCUAACCCUUGGUUUCUGUCCUUCAUCAGCCACACAAACUGGUCCCGCUGCGGUGGCCAUGGGAAAGGUGAGAGAUGCCAACCUGUACCCCUGGGACACCCUCAUGGGGGUAGCGCUUCUGUGGUGAGCAUCCAAAACACCUUCCCCUGCAGGGCACGAUUAGACCUUGCCCUGGGGAGUCCCUUAAAGGCCUUAUUAUCAUCUGGGACUCUCCUUGUUGUCUUAAUUCACCUUUUCCCUUCCUGCUCCCCUGUGAGAGUCCGGUGAUUCCCACACACCCGCUCAGGCCCAUGGUGCUGUUGUGAAGAGAAGGUGCUGCAGAAUACCUCCUGUGCUCCACCAUGCUGCCCGGGAUGGGAUGGGAUGAGCAUCAGCGCUGUGGUGGGGACUCGCGGUGUGCGACGCUGUUCCCUCCUCCUGGUGCAGCAUUCCCAAGGAGUCGCUCUUCCCGAGCAGAGGCACAGCAGCCGCUCCGGGUGGGCACUGCCGGGUCCCUCACCCUCAUCUCUACCAACCAUCACCUCUACGAGAGCCUCCUCCACGCUGCAGCACAACCAACCUGCUCGGGCCGGGACCGGUGCCGCCGGCACGGCUGCAGCAUCCUCCGGCAUUCCGGGAUCCUGGGUGACAUCCAGGGAGCAGCGACCACGGGAGGGCGAGGAACAGACCGUUGUCUGGUGGAUUUCCAACAAGUGACCAUCUUGUUCUCGAGUGAACUUUUUCCUGUUCUCAUUUGUUGGUGUAGAAUGUUUCCGAAGCUAUAUUGCUAUUUAAUGUUGAGUAUGAGGCCGGGCUUGCUCCACGCUCCGUGUUGUAUAUUUUGGAAUGGCAUUGUUUAGUGAGAAGACAGUAUUAUUCCGCUCUUUGGAGGGAAUGGGACAAAAAACAGACUGUCUUUUUUUUUUUUCCUUUUCUUCUCUUAAAUGAAGUGAACUUUUUGUUCUGAAGUCCCAGCAGGUGUCCAGCCCCUCAGUAAAAUGGUGCUCAGAACCAC